AACCGGCUCAAAAGAACGAUUCGUUCAAGAACCUAACAUCACUAUUUGAGACAGCAGAGACAGUUAUGGCAGACGAGAAGCCAAAGGAGGGUGUGAAAACGAGUGACCACAUAAAUCUGAAAGUAGCCGGGCAGGAUGGCUCAGUGGUUCAGUUCAAAAUCAAGAGCCACACACCCCUCAACAAACUGAUGAAAGCAUAUUGUGAGAGACAGGGGCUAGCAAUGCGGCAGAUUCGGUUCCAGUUUGAUGGGCAGCCAAUUAAUGAGACUGACACACCAGCUCAGUUAGAAAUGGAGAAUGAGGAUACAAUUGAUGUAUUUCAGCAACAGACAGGGGGCCUGAUGUAAAUAACAACUACCUCUGCCUUCCAUCACCAUAGUCCUCCCUGUUUCCUGUUUUUUUUUUUAUAUAAAUUUAGGCUGACCUCUCUUCACAUUGCCAAAAGCUUGCCUAAAAUGCCCACCAGCUCUCGCAAAUCAGAUGAAUGAUGUUGUAAACGUAUUCAUUUAUUUCAUCAGAUGUGAACUUAAGAGUGUCCAGACUAAAAUGCUUUUGAUCAGUGAUCAGAUCUUUCUUUUUUUGGGUUAAUAGAUAGAAUUACAGUCAGUGUCAGUGCUGAAGUACUGUUUUGUUUACUCUGAAGCCAUUGGGCUUUUUAUAUAUGUUUUAUAUGUUUAUGUAUUUCUCUUUUGUACUCCGGCCAGUUUUAUUCAGUAUCUUGUG